AUGGUUGUCUCUGACGGUUGGUCCUCAUACGGAGGGAUUCCCCAGAUUCAAGCGAACUUCACUCAUAGAUGGGUCAACCAUAAAUUAAACUUUGUGAAUCCCACUGACAGACGUGUGCAUACUCAAUCUAUUGAAGCAACCUGGGGAGCCUUCAAGCGAGAGUUGAAAUCAAAGUUUGGAAUUCCCGACGAAAACCUCGGAGAGUACAUGGCAGUUUAUAUGUUUCGCCGUUUCUUCAGACGCGAGCGUCUUCUCAAUAACUUGCUCAUUGAGAUGAAAACUUUUGGAAGACGAAGAAACCAAUUGGAAACCACUUCACAAUCACCAUCAGAUGAUUCUUCUCAAGACGAUGAAGAACCAAUAGAGGAUCCAGAAGAUGCUAAUGAUACGUACCGAUCAGAAAACGAACAUUCUGAUGAAAACUUGAUCGAUGUAGACAAUCUGCCGAGUGAUGAUGAAGAAAUUUAUCCGGCCUCCGAUGACAGUCUGCCACAUAAUCCGAGUACAAUGGAGAGCGAUUCUGAUUCAGACAACAGCCGACCUCCCCCUGAGAAGAAAUCAAAACGCAAACUAUCAGGAAGCAGUACGCAGGUGACAGGCAAACAGACAAGGAGAGGCCGAAAACCGGGAGCCAGUCGUCGAGAGUCUGUUAACGGAGGAGUAGGAACGAGUGGCAAUACCCACGUCCGUGGUCAGCAGCGAAGAGGUACAGGAGCUGGGAGAGUUCAAUCAACAAGCGGACAGAGAAGAACUGAUGGGAAUACGCCGCCGUUAAGGAGAGGCCAAAGUUCUGACCGUGGUCAAACACAGAGAGGAGGUAGACAAGAGCAAUUGAGCGAUAAUCAAGACCGUGGAGAUGUCACGAUUCGCAGAGGAACACUUCGAGUUAGAGUGAACUCAGGAAGUGUCAUGGGUGACCGACGUGGACAAUCGCCAACUGAAACAGGAGGACGAAGACCGGGAAGAGCUCAGAGAGCUAGAGGAAGAGGGCAAAAUUUGAGACGAGGUCAUAGCAGCCGUGUGCAAACAUCGAGGGCGGAUGCAGUAACCCGUACACAACAAUCAGGAGGAGCUCGCGGUCGUGGUCGAAGUUCCAGAGGCUCUCGAUCUGGGAGGUCUAAAGGUGGAAGAGGGAAAUAA